AUGCCCGUCAUGUCACUUUGUUCUCGAGGUGCACUAUUCAGAAACCCAAGGCCGAAUUUGUUGCGCCUGGCUUCCAAAAAUGUGACGCGAUCCCCACCACUACCAUUUCUCUUUCGCUCGCGCCUCACGCUACAAAGCAAUGUUGUCCCAGGCGACCGUAACCAAUAUCGCAGCGAAUACCGCAACUUCUCAACAACCCCUUCGCGGCGUGAAGAGGCCUCGGUCGAUCCAUUGACUAGCGCCUUACCAGUUUGUUGCCCAGGAUGUGGAGCAUUCUCCCAGAUAGUUGAAGAAAACGAACCAGGAUACUAUAGCCCUUCACGAAAGCAAACCCGGAAACUGCUCGCCGCCAGCAAAGAAAGAAUCCAACCCAAAGAAACAACCCACUACGAGCCCUUUGUCAAUGAAAAUGCGGAGGAGGGUGCUUCAGACCUAUCGCAGAGCCAUGUCUCCGACAUCACCCCACCGAAGCCUGCCAUCGAAGGAGCUUUCCCGGACAAAGCUGUCGAGCCUGAAGUCAACUUCCGUGGACCGCCAGAUCAGAUGUCCCAUGUCUGUGACCGCUGUCAUGACUUGAUCCACCACAAUAAAGCUGUGGCCUCCCCCAAGCCAACAAUCUUAUCGAUACGGAACUACCUCGAAGAAUCACCCUUCAGGGAGAACCGUGUCUAUCAUAUCAUUGAUGCAGCUGAUUUUCCAAUGUCUCUCGUUCCGCGAAUUCAUUGGGCUUUAAUGCUCCAGGAACAACGUUCCCGAAACCGCCGGGCCACAAAUGAGAAGUAUUCACGAGGAAGGAAACUUCCAACGCUUUCAUUCAUCAUCACACGGUCUGACCUUUUGGCGGCAACCAAGGAGCAGGUGGACUCCAAGAUGGAGUACAUUCGCACGGAGCUGCGAGCGGCCCUUGGAAGGUCGGGGAGGGAAGCCCGCUUGGGCAAUGUUCACAUGAUCAGUGCACACCGUGGCUGGUGGACGAAAGAAGUCAAAGAAGAAAUUCGUGAGCAUGGCGGGGGUAUCUGGGUUGUUGGCAAAGCAAAUGUUGGAAAGAGCAGCUUCAUUGAAGCCUGCUUCCCGAAGGAUUCCAAAAAUCUGGCCAAAAUUGAGGAGUGGAUAGAACGUCGUGAAAGAGAGGAACGUCCCCCACAGAACCUCACACCUGAUCCGGAUAGCUUGCUACCCCCUGCCCCACCCGAAGAGCUCUACCCUGUGCUACCAGUUGUGUCCUCUUUGCCAGGUACCACGGUCUCUCCCAUCCGAAUUCCCUUUGGUCGCGGCAAGGGCGAGGUCAUUGAUUUGCCUGGUCUGGAGCGUGGUCUGCUCGAGGACUUUGUCAAGGACGAGCACAAGCGUGAUUUGAUCAUGAUAAAACGAGUCAAGCCGGAGCGUAGCACUGUCAAGCCGGGACAGUCACUUUUGCUCGGCGGUGGUCUCAUCCGGAUCACCCCCUUGAACCCUCAAGAUACGCUCAUGUCAGCUAGCUUCCUGCCUCUCGAGAGUCACAUUACCAACACGCAAAAGGCAAUCGAGAUACAGGCUGAGGAGCAGCCUUACCGGGGCACUGUUAUCAUGAAGGAGGGCGUUGGAAAGGAGAUGUCCUCGGCGGGCAAGUUCGACUUAAGAUGGGAUACCACCACGUCGAACCUGCCCACAUCCCUCGCCAAGGCAAUUAGGGAUAAGGGCAUUCCCGUGCCUCAGAUGCCAUACAAAGUCAUGUCGGCGGAUAUCCUCGUCGAAGGCUGCGGAUGGAUCGAGCUCAGUAUUCAGGUCCGCAACAAGCGGGGCGAAGAAGAGCCCUCCUAUCCGCAGGUAGAGGUCUUCAGUCCCAAGGGUCAACAUGUCGGCUCGCGACGCCCGAUUGAAUGCUGGACUUUCAUCGCUCAUAAAGAGAAGCUCGACAAGCGCAAACGGGUGCGUAUGCGUCCGAGAUACUCGAUGUAA